AUGAUAGCCGCAAUACCUCUGAAUCUUCCAGUUCAGGCGGAUCCCUCCUAUUUUAAGAAAUUCCGGCAAGAAGAUACUGAAUUUAAUGACAUUGCCGAAGGGGAGAUUGAGUCCAACUGGGAAGAAGUUGUCGAUAAUUUCGAUAAUAUGAAUCUCAAAUCUGAACUUCUUCGUGGUAUCUACGCAUACGGUUUCGAAAAACCAUCUGCCAUUCAACAGCGAGCUAUUUUACCUGUGAUUAAAGGACAUGAUGUAAUUGCUCAAGCACAAUCGGGAACCGGAAAAACCGCUACAUUUUCCAUUUCAAUUCUUCAGAAACUUGAUAUGUCCAUUAACCAAUGCCAGGCCCUUGUACUUGCACCAACUCGUGAGUUAGCCCAACAAAUUCAGAAAGUUGAUAUUGCGCUUGGCGAUUUCAUGAAUGUUGAAUGUAAUGCUUCUAUUGGUGGCACAAAUGUUCGUGAGGGUAUCAAGAGACUUGAAGCUGGCGCUCACGUUGUUGUUGGUACCCCCGGUCGUGUAUUUGAUAUGAUUAAUCGUCGUGCUCUGAAAACCGAUCAUAUCAAAAU